AAAUUGCAAUUCAGCCAUUGAAGAAAAAAGAAGGAUUUUUGAAUCCCAAAAUUUCUCGGAUCUAAAGCGCCUCUGAGAUAGUCCUUAUGACAUGGGUGGAAACGAAGUGUCCUCUGAUCAAGUUAUUGAAAAACUUAUUGAAAUGGGGUUUGAAAAUUCUGAUGCUGUAGAAGCUGUAAAAGCCGUAGGACCAUCAGUUGAUGCUGCGGUUGAGUAUGUUUUGAAUGGUUGUGGUAGGGAUACUCUUGGUUUGUCCACUAGUUCUCAAUGUUCUCCAAGCGAUUUAAAGAGUUCGGGUAAGAGAGUUAUGACCUCUUCCCAAUGUAAAAGUCAAGUGCGACAAUCCACGAUAUGGGAUCAUUUUCAAUCCACAAGCAAAAGUAAGCGAAGCAGAGGUAAUGAUACAACUGAUGGGGUUGUGUCCAGAACCCAGGGGCUGCCUAGUCUUGAGGAAGAACAAAAGGGACCAUUCCUCCUUAUAAAUAAUCAAUUAGAAAAUGUGGCAGAACCAUUCCAAGUUAGCUGUUCCGAGGAGCUGGAUGUUGGAUCAAAUUGGGAACCAAAGGUUAACUGUUUAUUAAGAAAGCAUUUUGGUUAUUCAUCUUUGAAGAGUUUCCAGAUGGAAGCCUUGGCUGCAUGGCUUGCUCACCAAGACUGUCUUGUUCUUGCUGCAACAGGAGCUGGGAAGUCUCUCUGUUUCCAGAUUCCGGCAUUAUUAACAGGAAAAGUUGUAGUUGUGGUUUCUCCUUUGAUAAGCUUAAUGCAUGAUCAAUGCUUAAAAUUAUCAAAACAUGGGGUCUCUGCUUGUUUUCUUGGAUCUGGACAACCAGACAGCAGUGUGGAGAAGAAAGCGAUGAGAGGAAUGUAUAGUAUUAUAUAUGUUUGUCCAGAAACAAUUCUGAGACUAAUAAAACCUCUUCAAAGGCUAGCAGAAAACCGCGGAAUCACAUUGUUUGCAAUUGAUGAAGUCCAUUGUAUAUCUAAGUGGGGCCAUGAUUUUCGGCCUGACUAUGGGCGAUUGUCUACUUUGCGAGAGAAUUUCAGUGCUAGAAGUUUGAAAUUCUUGAAGUAUAACAUCCCAAUUAUGGCACUGACUGCAACUGCAACAGUUCGGGUUCGACAAGACAUUCUUGAUUCUUUGUGCAUGUCAAAGGAGACAAAGUUUGUGGUCACCUCAUUCUUCCGUCCAAAUUUACGAUUCUCAGUGAAACACAGUAGAACAUCGGCGUCUUCAUAUAGGACGGAUUUCUGUCAACUAAUAGAUGUUUAUGCUAGAAAGAAAAAGAUUGAUGGAAUGAAACAACCUCCAACCUCUCAUGAAUUUCAUUGUCAAUCUGAUUUAGAUAAUUUUUCUGCAAGUGAUUUUAAUGACAUCGAAGAAAGUGAUGAUGAGAAUUCAGAAAAGGAAAAUGGUCCAAUUUCUUCGAGGGAUAGGCAAAUGUCAGCGGAGUACUUAGAAAAUGAUGUCGAUAUCUUUCAGAGUGUGGAAGAUUGGGACGUUGCCUAUGGUGAAUUUGGAGGACAAGUUCUUUGUGAAGAAUGGAAUUCACAUGGGCCAUCUGAGACAAUUGAUCCACCAAAUAAACUAGAAGAAAGACGGAGUCUUCUGCAAGAGCCUUUGGAACAAGGGCCGACCAUCAUUUAUGUUCCCACAAGAAAAGAAACACUGAGCAUUGCAAAGUAUCUUUGCAAAUUUGGAGUAAAGGCUGCUGCUUUCAAUGCAGCGUUGCCAAAAUCACAUUUAAGGCAGGUUCACAAGGAAUUUCAUGAAUACUCCCUACAGGUUGUUGUUGCGACAAUGGCUUUUGGAAUGGGGAUUGACAAGUUAAAUGUUCGAAGAAUCAUACAUUAUGGUUGGCCACAGAGUUUGGAAGCAUAUUAUCAAGAAGCUGGUCGAGCCGGAAGGGACGGAAAAUUAGCAGAUUGCAGUAAUUUAUAUGCAAACUUAUCAAGAGUUCCAACACUUCUGCCUAGUAAAAGAAGCGAAGAACAGUCAAGACGGGCAUAUAAAAUGUUAUCUGAAAUUUUCAGAUAUGGAAUGAAUACUUCUUGCUGUCGAGCCAAAAUACUUGUCGAGUACUUUGGGGAGGAUUUCGGUGAUGAGAAGUGCAUCUUGUGUGACGUUUGUGUUGAUGGACCUCCUAAAAUGCAGGAUUUGAAAGAGGAGGCAAAUAUUAUGCAAAUUAUUGUGGCUCGUUAUGCAGAGAGCAGUUUCAUGGACGGUUCAUAUGAUGAUUCUGUGUGUGGUGAUAUUGAACGGAAAAAAUUCGUAGCAAAGCCAAACCUCAGAACUUUUGUUGGUAAAAUAAGGGAGCAGUCUCAAAAAUUUGUAACGACGGAUCUGCUAUGGUGGAAAGGCCUUGCUCGAAUCAUGGAAGCUAAAGGAUUUAUCAGAGAGGGAGAUGAUAAGACCCAUGUUCAGAUCAAAUUUCCAGAAUCAACAAAAAGGGGACUGGAGUUUCUCCAGUCUGAAAGUGAUGAAGCUUUCUGUAUUUACCCAGAAGCAGAUAUGCUUCUUUCAAUGAGAAAGCCAAGAGCUUAUUCGAGUUUCUCUGAUUGGGGAAAGGGCUGGGCUGAUCCUGAGAUCCGUCGUCAACGUUUGGAGAAAAUCCGGUCAUCAAACAGGAAACCCCAAAAGCCAAGAAAAAGAAAAUCAAAAAAACAUUUCUCGGAUACUAGUACUUCUCGGGGUAGGAUAUCCGCAAAAAUAUCGAAACAGAAAUGGUGAGUUUGAACAUUUAUUCUUCCCACAUGAUAGAGUGGAGAAAGCUUAGAAGAUUAAACCAUUUCAUGAAGCAAACAGUGGAGCAAGAGUAACAAGAAAGCAACCAAGAACUUGUUAAUGUAGAAGCAAGACAUCUCCUUUUCUCUACAUAAACAAGACUUCAUUUCUCAUUCUCCAAAUAAACAGAAGCGUCUCUAUGGACUACGUUCGAAUAAUUUUCGCAAUUAUCGGCUUUUUCACUUCGUUCAUUUUCAUUCUCCCCGGUUUGAAGAAAUGGCAAAGGCAACAUAUUUUGAUAGAAAGCUAAGGAUCAUUAGCCAGGCAUUGGAACAUGCUGAAGAAAGAGCUAUGAGGUUUCAAGAAUGGCAUGAUCAUAUACUUGGCCAAAUAUGUUCUUAUUAUAUGGUUAAUCGAGACCUCGAGGACUCCUAGGCCGGUGCUCGAACUGCCAUGAUUGAGGCUUUGGAGUUUGCUGUUGGAUUGAGGAAGAUGCAAUUGCAGAUUCUGAGGCCCAUUGAUGAGAUCGAUGCUUUUCAUGUUGGAUAGAUUAAAAUGUAUGAAUAGAGG